GCAAGUCUCUCAUUCAAAAACUUUUUUACAAAAACUACAUCUGCCCCACCCAAGACACUACCCAAAGCAGUUUUAAAGUUUGAACCAUUUGAAAUCAAACCAUACAUGUCCCUGGCUCCUCUUCUCAGGACAAAACUAAGUAAAGAAUCUGAGCAGAAACUUGAUAGAUUGAUGCAAGAACAGGAGGAAGAUACCUUAUGCAUGAAGGAACUUCAAAAACGAAAGCCUCUACCCCCCUACAGAAAAGAGCGAAGAAGAACAAUAGCAGCUAAAUCAAACAAUCGAAAAGAGUCCACAGAAAAAGACGAAACGAAAGACCAAACUGAUGCGAUUGAAAUAUCGGACGAAGAGACUAGUGAUUCUGAAUCAGUUGUAGAAAUUCAGCAUGAAGAGAAGAAACGAAUGAAGGUCAUUUUCUUGAAAUUUCACGAGAAUAAUAGACCUCCGUAUUAUGGAACACAACGCAAGAAAAGCAAGAAAAUCUCUCCAAAGGAUCCUUUGAAAAAAGAUGAGGGAUUGUUGAACUACGAGAUUGACAGCGACGAUGAAUGGGAAGAAGAGGAGCCAGGAGAGAGUUUAUCUGAUGAUAGUGAUGGAGACGAUGACGACGCUGAGGAUGGUGAAGAUGAAGAUGAAGAUGGAUUCAUGGUUCCACAUGGCUAUCUAUCAGAUGAUGAAGGCAUCGAUGCUGAUGAUGAAGAAAAUCAGGUCGAUUCAGCUUCAAAAGAACAACAACAGCUAGCAAAGGUUAAGGCAUGGGAGGCUGAGCUGAAGAGAAAAUGUAAAGCAAAAAAGCCUGUUUGUAUUGGAUGUGUAUGGCCUGACGACAAGAAUAUCCAUGAAAUGCUUCAGCAGUUUGAGGCAUGUGUUCUGAUAGAUGAACCAACUAUUGCAAUACGAACCACCUCGUCAGCAAGUGCAGAUUCUUGUUCUCAAUCCAUGAGGGAGAAUAGCACAGCUACCCCUGAUAGUGUUAACAAAAGUGGAAUGUAUGUUCCAGAAGAAGCAAUGCCAGAUUUAAUCACCUUAAUUCAUCGAAGUACCGCGGGAGUGGCCAAGUUAAUAAACUAUUUCAAACAACACUGGUCUAAGAAAUGUGAAAGUACCAAAAUACACCCUUCACUAGCUGGUAAAGGCCACAUAUCAAAAAGACAACUAGAAGCUAAAAUCAAGGCUAUUGCAACUAAAGAAAGACGCAGCGAUAAAACCAGAUGGUACGUCAAUAGUAACAUCCUUAACGCCUAUGGUAUGACAAAACUAGCUGCAACAGAUAAUGAACAGGGGACACCAAAUGUGAUGUCUUGCAGCCCUCAGAUGUCAAAUACAGGAAUUAAAAUAUCUACAAAGUCUGUAUCACCAAGUGUAAACCAAGGUCUAAGUGCUGUACCUAGAGUGAUGACCUCACCUCACCUACAGACAAGCAGCAGUACACAAGAUAAGCUGCAGUCAAUAUCAACAACUACUGAGGCAGCAAGUUCUGCACAAUUGUUACAGGCUCAGAAUGACAAGCAGUCUUCAGUAACACCCAUUGCUAAGCGAAGGGUGGUUCUUGAACCAGUAUCUAAACCAGAAGUAGAAGCUGUCAUUGCUAAGGAGAAUCUACCCAAAAAAGAAGCUAGUUCUAUAGGCCAGAGAUUACAGGCUCAAGAUGACAAGCAGUCUUCAGUAACACCUGUUGUAAAGCGAAGAGUAGUUCUGCAGCCUGUAUUCAAACCAGAAGUAGGAGCUGCCAUUGCUAAGGAAAAUCUACCCAAUAAAGAGGCUAGUUCUAUAGGCCAGAGAUUACAGGCUCAAGAUGACAAGCAGUCUUCAGUAACACCUGUUGUAAAGCUAAGAGUGGUUUUGCAGCCUGUAUCUAAACCAGAAGUAAGGGCUGUCAUUGCUAAGGAGAAUCAUACUAAUCAACAGGACAUUCCUAAUGGGCAGACUACACAAGUCCAGAAUGACAAGUCAACGUCAAUAAGGCCUGUUGCUAAACGAAGGGUUGUUCUUCAACCUAUAUCGAAACCAGAUAUUGGAGGUAUCAGUUCUAAGGCAAAUCAGUCCAAUCCAUCGCUAUCUGGAGAAGAACAGAGCUCUGAUGCUGUAGAGACCACUAAUAGCUGUACAGUGCCAUCUAUGAAUACAAUAAUCUCUAGCAAGAACACAGAGCAAGGAACAAAUACCAUUACUUCAGAUGGGUUAACGAAAAGCAGUUUGUCCAGUACCAUUACCAUAACAUCCAAUUCACCUAGUACACCACCCCAUGAUAUUGGUGGUCUCUCUUCUGCUGUGAAACGCACAGCUCCUUCUCCAGUAGGCACUGAACGGGUGGCUAAAGUACCGAGGAAAAGUGAAGAAUCAGUUGAAAUUCGUUGUGAUGUAAACAAGCCUGUUCCUGUAGCAAGUGUGGGAGACACGACAAACAGAGCAUCGGCGCAACUCCCAUUAGAUUCCUCACAGCAUCCUAAAGAAUCCCAAGAAUCUUCUAGUAAUUCCAUCAGUGAUGAUGCAGCUAAGGUAGAGAAUUCUUUACAAUGUACACUGAUGACAAAUGUGUGCAAAACCGAUGGAAUACAGCCAAUGGAAAUAGAACAAAUCAUCAAAGCUUAAAAAUAUUGAGAACUAAGAGACUAUGAAAAUACAACAUUUCUUAAUCUCAUCUAGCCAAAAAUCUUUAAAAUUAAUAUUUGUAAAUAAGUGUUUUAAAGUGCUUUUGUUCAGGAUGCUAGAAAACUCUCUCAAAAUGCUUGUUUUCAAUUGCAAAUCAAUAGUUUUGUUACGAAUGUAGAAUAAAUUACCUGAAAAGUGAA